AUGGCUAAAAGACCUUCCUCUUCCACCGUGCCUCUGGCCACCUUCCCCCGGCUUGGCGUCCGGCUCCGGCACUCUCCUGCAAACGCUCGUAUCGUGCACUCGGGCCAGGCUUGUGUGGUGAAGGAGAAUGUGAACGAGCGGGUCUACACUAUCCGUGAGGGCAGCACCCUGGUCCUGGUCUGUCUGGUGACUGGACACCCGCGUCCAAAGGUCAGAUGGACGAAGACAGCAGGCAGCGCUUCAGACAAAUUCCAGGAGACGGCGGUGUUUAACGAGACCCUGCGGAUUGCCAGCAUCGGGCGGCUGCAGGGUGGCCGCUAUUACUGUAAAGCAGAUAACGGGGUCUCGGGGCCGGUCAUCAAGUCCAUCCGUGUAGAUGUACAAUAUCUGGAUGAGCCUGUGCUUACGGUGCAUCAGAGUGUGAGUGAUGUGCGUGGGGAGAAUUAUUACAGGGAACGUACUGUCUUCUUACGCUGCACCGUCAACUCCAACCCUCCCGCACGUUUCACCUGGAAACGUGGCACUGAGGUGGUCACCCAGAACCAGGACGAGGGAGUGGACAUCUACGAACCUCUCUACACACAGGGCGAGACCAAAGUCCUGAAGCUUAAGGACCUGAGGCCACAGGAUUACGCCAAUUUCACCUGUCUCGUGUCCGUCAGGAAUGUCUGUGGCAUCCCCGACAAAGCAACCUCCUUCAUGCUAAAGAACUCCACAGCUCCCCCAGUGCUGAGCCUGUCGGUGUCAGAGGUGCUGGUUGUUGACCCGGGUGAGGACGUGCAGGUGGAUUGCUCAGUGCUAAGUGGUGACCCUGUGCCCUCUGUGCAGUGGGCGUUCUCGCUGGGGCCACUGCCCCCCAACAGUCAGGUGCAGGAGGGCAGCCUGAGCCUCAGUAGGGUCCAAACCCAAAACAGCGGCUCCUACAACUGCUCUGCCACCAAUGGAGUGGGCAACCGCGUCAAGAAGGCUGUCACCAUCCUGGUCAGAGCGCUCCGGAACGGCCGGUUCUGGAUCACUCCAGACCCGUUCCAUGAUGCCGAGCGGAUCCAGCUGGAGCGCGAGGUCAGGAUCUCGUGCCAGGUGGAGGCAGUGCCGCCCGAGGAGCUGCGAUACACCUGGUACAAGAACGGGCGCCUGCUGGUGGGCACUGGAAACCGCAUCAUGAUUUCCAGAAACGAGCAGGAGCCAGGCAUCACCAAUCUGGAGAUCAUUGACAUGCGCUUCACUGACUGCGCCACCUACACCUGCGUUGCCUCGCUGCGGGGGGGCUCCGUGCCGGACAUCAGCAUUGACGUCAAUAUCUCUACCAGCAUCGUGCCUCCUUCCCUGGUGGUUCCCCGAGGUGGGGGGCUGGUGGAGGUUCGGGAGGGUUCAGCGGCUGAGCUGCAGUGUCUGGUGACGGGCAAGCCCAAGCCCGUAGUCCUGUGGUCAAGGGCGGACAAGGCAGUUCCUAUGCCAACAGGAGCCAUGGAGGUCGAGAGCUACGAUGGGAUUCUUCGCCUGGAGAAUGUGACGCGAGACGCCAGUGGGUCGUUCCGGUGCCGGACAGGUCGCUACAACGGACUCAACGUGAAGCCACGGGAAGCCGUGGUGCAGCUAAGUGUCCAGUUUCCCCCCGAGGUGGAUGUUGGAUAUCAAGAGGUCCGUCAGGCCCAGGGCCGGCCGGUGCUGUUAAGCUGCUUGCUGGUGGCGGGGAACCCACUGCGGGUGGCCUCGGCUACGUGGAGCUUCAAUGGGAAGCAGCUGCAGGCCGCCCGGGCCGAACCCAAGCUGACCUCGGAGUGGAACCUGGAGCAAGUGACCAUCGACAGCUACGGCCUGUACCAUUGCAGCAUCUCUAACGGAAUGGGCACCGCUACAUGCCGCUUCAACCUGACUGGAAGGGCUUACGCUCCGGAGUUCUACUUUGACACCCCCAGCCCUGUGCUUUUCCAGAGCGCCGAUCGAUACCAAUACAAGCUGCAGUGGACACAGAAGGAGCCGGACGCUGUAGAUGCUGUCCUGAAAUAUAAACUGGACAUUCGAGAACUGGAGCGUCCGACGUACUGGAGAGAACCGCAGUAUGUGCCGGUGAAUCGGACGAUAGAGACUGGGAAGCUUCUGAUCUACACAGUGUCCGACCUGCGCAUCCCCCUCACGUACAAGCUCUCGCUCACCCCCUUCACCUCGUACGGGCCUGGAGACAUGAGCACCCGUAUCAUCCAAUAUACAAACCCUUCACCACCUGUGCCUCCAGGAAACCGGAAUUGUGGGUUUGAAGAUGUGAAUAUCUGUGGAUUCACACAAGAUGCAAAAGAUAAUUUUGAUUGGUCCAGACAGAGUAAUAAAACUCAGAACCCAAAACAGACGCCGAAUACAGGCCCAAGGAUUGAUAAGAGCGGCAAGCAGUCAGGCUACUUCAUGUACGUAGAGACAUCCAGCCCUCGUUCGGCUGGAGACAAGGCUCGGCUCAUCAGCCCAUUGUACAAUGUGACUGCAAAGCGCAGGUUUGGGGGUCAGAGUGUGAGCGUGCUGCACUGUGUCAGGUUCUACUACCACAUGUAUGGCAAACAUAUCGGGACUCUCAAUGUUUGGGUUCGAGCUCUACAGAGUAACACAGUGGAGGUGCAGGUGUGGACACUCAGCGGGAACCAGGGCAACCAAUGGAAACAAGCAAACGUGACAAUCAACCCUGUCGGACCCUUCCAGAUAAUAUUUGAGGCCGUCCGAGGGCGUGGUUAUUUAGGAGACAUUGGACUGGACGAUGUCAGCAUCAGUCAAUCAGCCUGCACAAAGUGGGCACAAAAAGAUGACACACAAACCAAACCCUUCAUCCUUGGUCCUAAAUCCAUAUGACACCGAAGUGUCUCGAGUUACCAAAGACUGAGAACGCUGCGGUGUGGGAACCCUUUGCCGCAGCGAAAGGCAACUUUUACUCAGAAGAAAUUGGACUGGAGCCGUUUGUAUCGGCUGCGUUAUUUACUCUGAAAGUUACAGAACUAAAAAGCACAAGUGGUCCAUGGUGUAAGCUUUGUACCUGAGUCUCCCUUCCAAAUCUCCCUGCUCCCAGCCCCUCCACUCCUGCAUGAGCUCCAUAUAUCCAUCCUCGCCUAUCUACUUACAUGUACUCCAAUCUGGGCGGCAACAUGUCCUGCACAGCCCACCCCAAAGCACAUUUGUAGCAGCCAACAUUUGAGAGAGAGAAUGAGUGGGUGGGUUGGUCAGUGGUCGAGUGAGUGAAUGAAAGCGAGGGAAUGAGUUAGUGACUGUUUGAAAGAAUAGGUGAGUGGAAGAGAGUGAGUGAAGGAGGGUAAGUGUGUGAAUGAGACAGAAUGUGUGCUUAUGUGGGAGAAUAUAUAUGCAUUAGUAAGUGUGUGAGACCGUGUGUGUGAGAGAAUAUAUAUGAAAGACUGUUCAUGUGUCUGCACACGAACAUGAAAAACAUGAAAAGUGUGUUUGUGUGUGUGUGUGAACAUAUAUAUGCGGUGUGAGAGACGGUUGGCUUGUGAGUGUGAGAAUCGCUGAAUGAGACAAUGUGUGGGAGUGAACGACAGAGAGACUUUGUGUGAGUCAGAGACAAGAGAUUGUGUGUGUGUGUGAGAGAAAGAAACACUGUGUGUCCAACACUCCUGGGUAUGUGACGUACGAGUGUGACAGAAUGGCUGUGCUCGGGCUGUGCUUCUCUCUGGACUCCGAGUCUGAUUACAGAAUGAAUGAAACCAGUUCAGUCAGAGCCUGGAGUCCCCCAGAGACAUUGUUAUUUGUUGUAUUGUAAUACAAACUAAAGCACAAUCGCUAGACAGGGUCAGGAGCUUUUAAACUCUCUCUGUUAUUAAACCAAGUAUCUUUUAUUAAAAAUUAUCCAGAAA